AUGCAAGGUGUUUCUAUAUUUGAUGAUGAUAAAUCAGCUUUGGAUAAGAUGCAAAACUCUUUUAAGAAUCUGCUUUUUGAAAUCAUCUACUAUUUAAUUUCUGGUGAGAACUUCCCGCUUUUUCUUUACAUCUUUUUUGUGCUGAUUGAGAGCUUCCAAGUGUUUUACUUUGCUUUUAGUGAUGAAUUUUUAUCAUUAUGGAAGGUGAAAUCAUGGGCAGAGUCAUUUCAAUCAUUUUUUGGGUACUUUAUGAUUUCCCCGUACUUGAAGAACUUGGAAUUUCAAAGCUUCAUUUUAGUGCUCUACAUCAUCAUGGGGUUCUUCCUGUUACUGAUAAUUUUAAUCAUUUUUAUUGCAAUCAAAGCAUAAACCACAUCAGUAGGUAAGUUGAGUGGACCAUUGGUUGUCCUCAAAAUAUUUUUUGAAGUGCUCAAUUACAUUUUCUUUAUGCCCGCCCUGCAUCUCUUUUUGACUAUAUUCUAUUGCGACUCAGGGACUGGCUAUCACAAAUACUAUUCGGAUUAAGAGUGCUACACUGGAAAUUACUUACUUCAUGCCUUUUUAUCAGCCAUCGCAGCAUUCAUUUUGAUUUGUAUCAGUGGAUUGGUUACCAUGACAUUUUAUGAAUCUCGAUUCCAACCCAAUAAUCCACUCUGCAAGAUCUCAGGCAGAGAUGAUAUGAAGUUCCUAAUUUUUAAAAUCAUUUUAGUCUUAUGCUUCACAUUACUGAAUGUAAGUGAAUUAAGAAUCCUAGUUGUCAUCAUACUAACAUUAUUUGCAGUCAUUUAAUUUUUUUCAUUCAACAAAUCGAGUGUCUAUCUAAAUUACUACUAUUCAAAAGUAUUGAACUCACAACAUGCCAUAAUCAUGUGGACAAUUUGUAUGAUCAUUUUUGGUAUCAUCGUUGAAGAGACCUAUUAUGAAGGUGCCCCUUAUUUAUGGGUCUUUGGAAGUCCUUUAUUGCUAUUGAUCGUUAUGCUUAGGAAAGAGUAUAGAUACGAUAUAAUGAUGAUUGACUCGAAUAAAUUUGAUUCUCUAAAUUAAGCAAUUCAACAGUUGCAAUAUUUAACCAAAUUUUUGAAUUAUUAUCAUACAGAUAGGAACAUAGCCACUUUAUUGGAUGGAUUUGUUGAAUAUCAUAGAACAAUUUGUAAAAGAGAAGACUGUCCUUGCUAAGCCAAAAAUAUGGGGAAUAAGAAAAUUACUAAAUUUCAGAAGAACUUUAAAUUGUAAAAUUAAGAUGAUGAAAUUAAAGAGUAGUAUGUGGUUUUAGUCUACAUUAUUGAAAGAAUAUUUACAUUAUCCUUAACCAGAUUUCCCAAUUGCACAGAGUUACGAAUUUCUCAUUCUUUAUUUUUAAUGGAGAAAAUGUAAUCGAAUCAACAAGCAUUAUAGGAAUUGGUAGCAGCAGAAUAAGAGAAGCCAUAUGUCGACGAAUAAUUUAUUAUCUACAGAUUGAAGAAGCUUAUAGAAGAACAAAUGUUUGAAAAUUCAAAAUCUUCCAAAAAUCCAGCUGCUGGCAUUGAUGCAGUAAAUGAAUUGACCACUGAAAAUAAUCUUAGAGAAAUUCGAGCAUAAAUUGAAAAGUCAGCAUCACAACACAUAGAGUUUUGGUCACAAUUGAGUGAGGAUACCCCAGAUCUCGGAAAAUUGUAUGAUGUUGGAACUCGAAUGAUGUUUAUAGAUAAAAUGUUGGAAGACUCAUGGAAACGAAUUAUUAAAAUGAAUCUGGAUGUCCCUCCAAAUUUGAUGAUGAUUUAUUCGAGAUAUCUAGUUGAUAUUCUGUAUGAUAAAGAAUCAGCUGAGGAAGUAUUGGAAAGAUUGAAGAAUUUUUAUUCAGUCAAUAUGGACAGAGGCAAAAUCACUAACAAUAUCAAUGAUUUUCCUAAUGAAUCCACUGCGCUAAUUAGUAUUUCAGCUGAAGAUGUGACUUUUGGUCGAAUCAUAGGAUUGAAUAUGUCAGCAUCCAAAAUGUUCGGUUAUUCUAAGAGUGAAUUGAUUAAUAGAAAAGUUAAUAUCUUGAUGCCAAAUGUAUUUGCUUAAUCACAUGAUUAAUUCAUGGAAACAUAUUUAUAAACUUACGAAAGCAGAAUAAUGAAUAGAGAAAGAAUGAUCAUUGGAAAAUCGAAGAAUGGAUAUAUAUUUCCAUUCUUCAUCUAUGUGAGAUAUGUGCCAUCAUUUAUACACGGUGCCCAGUUCUUUGGAGCCAUGAGACAAGAGAAAGUAUUUAAAAAUGUAGCCUUUAUGAUUGUGAAUGGACAGACUCAAGAGAUUGAAAAUAUUUCAGCUACUUUUAUUACAAUGUUUCAUAUAGAUCUUAAUUACAUCACAAAAAAGAAGACUAAGGUCACUGUAGUAUAAUACCUAAUUUCUAAGAAAACAUCACUGAGUAUUUGA